AUGGAUCCGGCGUUAGCAGUGGAACUGGAGGCUCUGUCUCGGCAGAAGGCACUGUUUGAGGCUACUGAACGAGGUGACUCCACAAUCCAGCAGUUCUAUAAAGACAGCACUGUGUUCCUGACUGGAGCCUCAGGGUUCCUGGGCAAGCAGCUCAUGGAAAAACUCUUUAGGGCCUGUAAUAUUCGGAAGAUCUUCAUUCUGCUUCGACCGAAGAAAAAUAUGACAAUUCAAGAAAGACUUGAGGAAAUGUUGCAGGAUCCUGUUUUCAGUCUUGUGAAAAAGAAGAAGCCGGACUUCGCAAAGAAUAUAGUGCCGGUAAAAGGUGACGUGGCCGAUAUAAAGCUCGGCCUUAGUGAUACGGACUGGACUAUGAUCACAAGUGAGGUAGACGUAAUAUUCCACGUGGCAGCUACCACCAGGUUUGACGAGGCACUCCGUGUCUCCACAAUGAUCAAUAUCCGAGGUACCAGAGAAACUGUACUCUUGGGCAAAGACUGUCAGAAACUCAAAUCCUUCGUGUACGUCUCCACAACAUACUCCACAGCCACUCAGGCCAACGUGGACAAGGAAGUGAUGGAGAGGUUCUACCCGUGUCCCCUGCCUCCGGAGCUGAUGAUAGACAUGGCUGAGAACAUUGACGAUGAGCGAAUGGAAGCUAUCGAGGCCAACCUGAUCAAAGGGUUCCCCAAUACCUACACGUUUACGAAGUCGAUUGCUGAAGAAGUGGUCAGAAGCUUAGCUGGUGACAUGCCUACUUGCAUAAUCAGGCCGGCAGUAGUGAUAUCUUCAUACCGUGAGCCAGUACCAGGAUGGGCAGAUGCCAGCUGUGCUUUCGGAGCAAGUGGGCUGAUCCUAGGUCCAGCAACUGGUCUGAUCCAUGCGAUAUAUGCUUCAAAUGAUGUGAAAUUUAGUUUGGUGCCAGUAGACUAUGUCAAUAAUGCUAUAUUAGUGGCUGGGUGGCACACAGCUACUGAGAAACCUCAUGAUGUUCAGAUAUAUUCAGUUUCGAGCGCCAGGAAUUUGUUUCAUUGGGAACCGAUUUCUUCAAAGAUCCGUGAUAUUGGCAAGGUCCUGCCUACCCCUCUAGCUGUGUGGUACACCUUUAUAAUAAACACAUCCAAUAAGCCGCUGUUUUUCAUACUGACGUGGCUUUUGCAUUACAUUCCUGGUUAUAUACUCGAUGCUGGUUGCUUUCUGCUUGGAAAACCGACGAUGUUCAUAAAACUCUACAACAGAGUAAACAAGUCGUCCCUAGCCUUAUCCUACUUCACGACUCACACGUGGUUAUUUAACGACUCAAAUACUGACAAACUAUUCAAUAGUCUAUCAAAGACUGACAGAUUAAUAUUUAAUUUUGAUACAUCUGAUAUAAAUAUAACUGAAUUUGUCACUUUAUGGUGCGUUGGGCUGAGAAAAUAUUUAAUGAAAGAUGGUAUAAGAAAUACGGAAUACGCAAGAAAGAAACAGUUUAUAUUGAAAUAUGUACAUUAUGUCGUAUCAUGUUUGUAUAUCUAUGUCUUGUUUAAAAUGUCGUGUUUUGUUUGUUAUUUAAUUCUGUGUUUGUUUGGAUUUGUUUAA